AUGUCAGGCUUCGAGCAUUUUUACAUGCCUAUUGAUGCACAUUGUUUUUUAUCUUCAAAUAAAUUGUUGGAUAUACACAAAGCUGCUCUUCCACAAGGAUUGAGUAACAUGUACUUUGGAGCAUGGUUGGGGAUUUCAACGGAGAUUACUGUAAAAUGCCAAGCUCCUAUUGUUUAUCCAAACUUGCCAACAAUCGAGUACUGGCUCUACUUUUCUUCCAUCUCGCUACUAGUGGCCACACUUGGCAUAUGUGAUGUUAUUAAUUGUAUUAUAGCGAUGUCGAUAGUAAUGUAA